UCUGAGAUAAUUCAGUUGUAACAUGGGGUGUACGCAGGUCGUUUAUCUAUUGUUGCUAUAUAAGUGAGUGAGUGGUGAUGACUGGUGACUCAUCCCAUCACCAGACACCAGUUCCCACCACCUUCAUCCCUCUUUGCGCUGUCUGCUCGAAACUUGGAAAGACGAGAGAGAGAGAGAGAGUGAGAGGGAAAAAAACUCUGUAAAUUUCUCUUAUCUUUGUUUGAUUCUUCUGGGUAUGCCUGGCAGAACCAGUAGAAGGCUAAUGGUUUGGGGCUUACCCAGUGUAUCGGGGGUUUUCGGGGUCUCGGCCAUGGACGAUGGUUUCGAUGACAUCUUGUUGAACCACGUUUCCAUUGCUACUUCUUCGUCAUAUCCAUCUGUGUACUUGAUUGAAGCAACUGGUUCUGCGAAGCUUAAGAUCGUUACUUUCAACAAGGCCUCUCCCGAGCCCCCCCCUGCCGUUGCCUCUGCUUCUGACAAAGAAGACGCGUGAUUCUUCUUCCUUCUCUUAUCUUCCUCUGUUUCUUGACUCCUCCUCCCUUUUGUUUUUCUUGAUUCUUCUAUUAAAGGAAUUCUGCGUCAUUUUCCUCUUAUCAUUUUGAAAUCGUCAUCGCCCCUGGUCUCUCACUCGGCAACGAUGGCAACAAUGAAUGUGGUUGCUACUUGUUUAAUUGUAUCCUCCGACUCUUCCCGCCUUGACGGUUGUAAAGAUCGCUUCUCUCUCAGGUAUGAUCGUCGAUGGAAUGGGAAGAAGACGCACAGGAGCCUUUCCCCGCUGGCUGCUGCCGCUACCCUUUUUAGCAGUCAGAGGAGGGCUUAUUCGUCCCGCUCUGAUAUUUACCAGGAGGUCCACAAGGCCGCCAGGGAGAAAUUUACCCAGGAAAUCUCCUUCCAGUCCAAGGAUAAAGACGUUUCUAUUGCUAAGGCUUUACUGUAUGUUGCUACGGAAGAUGAAGCAUUUAUGGCUUUAAAUCGAGAAAAGGAUGCCAAGUCAUUCAUGAAUGAAAGAACGGAUGCCCCAGUCCCAUUUGAAGCACAAGAGUGGGAUUGCUUGGAAGCUGUUUCUUUAGCUGGUAGGAGCAUAUAUGACUGCUUGGAUGAGCUGGAUUCUAUUGCCAAAGAAGUGGAAGCAGAGUUGGUUUCAAGGGAUAUAGGUUGUCAUUUGGUGGAAGUUUUGGAGGCUGUGAAUUUAGUUCUUUUCGAAUCAAGAGGCUUCAAAAGGUUUCCCGUACUUCAAGACCCGAAGUAUUCUUACUUGCCUUCGGUGCUAAGCUCUGGGGGUGGCAGUGCAAUUUUGCUCAGUGUCAUCUAUAUUGAAGUUUGUCGAAGACUUGGUGUGACUAUUGUUGGUUCUCGAGUUGGGGAAGAUUUUUUGAUUUGGCCCCAAACUGGUAACCCAGAGGAGCUUUUCAGGGUUUCAUCAGGACAUAGCAUGUUUGCCACAGUUAAUGGAAGGUGUGUGGAGGAUCCUAGAUCAAAGGCUUCUGACUUGACCAGCAAUUCACUUUUAGGGCUUGAUAUUGCAACCAAUAGAGACAUCAUUGGGAUAGCUUUGGCUAACCUGAUUAGGCUUCAUUGGAAACGGGCCUCAAGGAUGAACCGUGGAUUGAUGCUGACUUCUCCACUCAGGCCUGUUUAUGAUAAGAAUGGAAAAUCAGGCAAUAUUGAUGGUUCAAAGGUUCCUUUGUUGCGCCCUCAAGAUUUGAGGUUGGCUAUAAUGGCAUCAGAAAGAUUGUUGAUUCUGCAGCCACAUAAUUGGGCUUUGAGGAGAGACCAUGGCAUGCUUUUAUACUACAGCAGGGACUAUGGAGAGGCAGUCCAAGAGCUUAGCAUAUGCAUGGCAUUUGCACCUGUAGAGGAGGCAGAAAUUCUUGAGCCAUUUGUUGAGAAAUUGCAUUUGUUGCGGCUUGAGUCAUCAUGGAAGUCUUUGGACCACACUAACCGAUUGGCAGUUCCUUGACUUCUUGUACACCAACUUUUUUUCUUUUCCUCAUUUCUUUUGAGUUUUUGUCAUAGAUAUGCUAGAAGAAAAAGUGGAAAAACAAAGAGCUAUAUCAUAUAUGUAAUGGUCUCUGUAAUUUUGGUCUUGUUUUCACUCUGGUUCAUGUAUGGUAUCAGUGAGUGAGUUGAGAAUCGGCAGAUUAAAAUAUAGGUCUUUCUCUCAA